AUGACCGAUCCAUUCAUAUGCACUUAUUGUCGACAGUUGAAAACAAAAUUUCUGCCAUGCAAGCACACGCACUGUCUGUCUUGCUUAAGAAAAAAAUACUCCGAAAACGAUAAAACAAUCAAAUGUGACAUUUGUGAGGAAGUCUGUGUUAGACCACGGAACCUAGACUCACUUCCUGAUAACCAGUUCAUAAUGAUGCUGAAAAAAAUGGAGAAGAGGAUCAUCGCAGGAAGGAGCAACAAAAACUGUUGCGAAACAUGUGGAGAUAGUGGUGAGAGAGUGGCCGAGAAGUACUGCAUCCACUGCAGGCAACAUCUCUGUCUGUCUUGCCUUCAACUGCAUUAUAAGUUCAAAAUGAACCAAACGCAUGAGGUAGUUGACGCUGAUGCAUCAAAUUAUUAUUAUAUUGAAGCAAUAAAUAAAGUUGAUUAUGAGAAAUGCCCGACUCACGAUCAAAAUAUAGAUAUCUAUUGCGAAAACUGCAACCAGUUCAUAUGUUCAAAGUGUAUCCACCAACACGAACGACAUAAAUUCAAGGAAAUAAGUUCAAAAAUUGAAGAAGAUAAAAAGAAGAUUGAAUCUACAAUUGCCAAACUUCAAAAGAAUUUAACAAUUUACGAAGAAAAAUUACAAACUUUAAAGACCGAUCUUAAUAAGUUUGAAGUGUUAUUUGAGAUUCAUUCGAGAGGUGACGCACUGAAACGCUUAAUUGAUGAAUAUGUACAGGAUUUAAUUAACCAUGUUGAAGAUAGUUACCAAAAUUUCGUCGAUGAAGGAAUAGGUUUGCAACCAUUAAUCCGUGAAGAAAAAAAAUUCGUAGAAACAAAAAUUUCCUCAUUAGAAGAAACCUUGGAUAAUUUGAACGCUCGGACAGUUGUACGAGAACAAUACGACCUACAUGUUCCGAAGUUUCAAAAAUUUGAAGUUUUAUUUCCCGAGUUUAAAUUGAACAAACCAAAAACUGCUGUAUGCCAUAACCACGUUAACAAUUCGUCUAACUCUUCCUGUUUGGAAAAUAUUAGUGUUGAUGAUUUAUUAGGUUUUCUGGAAAUCAUUCAUCAUAUUCGGACAAUAUAA